CGGGAGACCGGCAGUGCUAUUAGUGCACCGCGGGGCCGCGGCGGAGGGCAGCACGUUGCCUGGUUUGUUGGCACACGCCGGCAGGUCGGCGCGCUCGCUCACCUGAGUCGUGUCCCGGGGCCGCAGAGCCACCGGGCUGUACGAGCGCCACCGCCCGCCGUGACGCGCUCGGCGAUGGGCAGCUGGAGAAGUUGACGAGCCCCCUACGCACGCGGCGCCCUUGCUGCCCAGAGGGGCUGCAGCCAGCGGUUUGCCGCGCGUGCCUGUUUGCCAAAGGAGCCGCCCCGGCGAGGAUCGCCGGAGGGGAGCCGCUUCCAGCGGGGAGACUCGCAGCCCAGACACGCGCUCUGGGCGGCCUGGAUGCGCAAGAGCCGGCCCCGCAGCAGCUGACCGCCGGCGGCAGCGAAGUUUGGCUGCUGAGCGGCUCGGCGCCGGACGCCUGGACAGACUGUCAGCCUGCGGCUGCAAUCUCCGGAGCCAUGCCCGUGGGGGGCCUGUUGCCACUCUUCAGUAGCCCUGGGGGCGGAGGCCUGGGCGGUGGCCUGGGCGGGGGUCUUGGCGGCGGGAGGAAGGGGUCUGGCCCCGCCGCCUUCCGCCUCACUGAGAAGUUCGUGCUGCUGCUGGUGUUCAGCGCCUUCAUCACGCUCUGCUUCGGGGCAAUCUUCUUCCUGCCUGACUCCUCCAAGCUGCUGAGCGGGGUCCUGUUCCACUCCAACCCUGCCUUGCAGCCACCCGCGGAGCACAAGCCCGGGCUCGGGGCGCGUGCCGAGGAUGCCGCCGAAGGGAGAGUCCGGCACCGCGAGGAAGGCGUGCCUGGGGACCCUGGAGCUGGACUGGAGGAUAACUUAGCCAGAAUCCGUGAAAACCACGAGAGGGCUCUCAGGGAAGCCAAGGAAACCCUGCAGAAGCUGCCAGAGGAGAUCCAAAGAGACAUUCUGCUGGAGAAGGAGAAGGUGGCCCAGGACCAGCUGCGUGACAAGGAUCUGUUUGGGGGCUUGCCCAAGGUGGACUUCCUGCCCCCCAUCGGGGUAGAGAACCGAGAGCCUGCUGACGCCACCAUCCGCGAGAAGAGGUCAAAGAUCAAAGAGAUGAUGACCCAUGCUUGGAAUAAUUAUAAACGCUAUGCGUGGGGCUUGAACGAACUGAAACCGAUAUCAAAAGAAGGCCAUUCAAGCAGUUUGUUUGGCAACAUCAAAGGAGCUACAAUAGUAGAUGCCCUAGAUACCCUUUUCAUUAUGGGUAUGAAGACUGAAUUUCAAGAAGCUAAAUCAUGGAUUAAAAAAUACUUAGAUUUUAAUGUGAAUGCUGAAGUUUCUGUUUUUGAAGUAAACAUACGUUUCGUUGGUGGAUUGCUGUCAGCCUACUAUUUGUCCGGAGAGGAGAUAUUUCGAAAGAAAGCAGUGGAGCUUGGGGUAAAAUUGCUACCUGCAUUUCAUACUCCCUCUGGAAUACCUUGGGCAUUGCUGAAUAUGAAAAGUGGGAUCGGACGUAACUGGCCCUGGGCCUCUGGAGGCAGCAGUAUUCUGGCAGAAUUUGGAACUCUCCAUUUGGAGUUCAUGCACUUGGCCCACUUAUCAGGAAAUCCCGUCUUUGCCGAAAAGGUAAUGAAUAUUCGAACAGUGCUGAACAAGCUGGACAAACCAGAAGGCCUUUAUCCUAACUACCUGAACCCCAGUAGUGGACAGUGGGGUCAACAUCAUGUGUCAGUUGGAGGACUUGGAGACAGCUUUUAUGAAUAUUUGCUCAAGGCAUGGUUAAUGUCUGACAAGACCGAUCUCGAAGCCAAGAAGAUGUAUUUUGAUGCUGUCCAGGCCAUCGAGACUCACUUGAUCCGCAAGUCAAGUGGGGGACUAACGUACAUCGCAGAGUGGAAAGGGGGCCUCCUGGAGCACAAGAUGGGCCACCUGACAUGCUUUGCAGGGGGGAUGUUUGCACUUGGGGCCGACGGAGCUCCAGAAGCUCGGGCCCAACACUACCUUGAACUCGGAGCUGAGAUCGCCCGCACCUGUCACGAGUCUUACAACCGCACAUAUGUGAAGUUGGGACCAGAAGCGUUUCGAUUUGACGGCGGCGUGGAAGCCAUUGCCACAAGGCAAAAUGAGAAGUAUUACAUCCUACGGCCAGAGGUUAUCGAGACAUACAUGUACAUGUGGCGUCUGACUCAUGAUCCCAAGUACAGGACCUGGGCCUGGGAAGCCGUAGAGGCCCUAGAAAGCCACUGCAGAGUGAACGGAGGCUACUCAGGCCUACGGGAUGUUUACAUCGCCCAUGAGAGUUAUGACGACGUCCAGCAAAGCUUCUUCCUGGCAGAGACACUGAAGUAUCUGUACUUGAUAUUUUCCGACGAUGACCUUCUUCCACUGGAACACUGGAUCUUCAACACGGAGGCUCAUCCUUUCCCUAUACUCCGUGACCAGAAGAAGGAAGUUGAUGUCCAGGAGAAAUGAAAGACAUUUCCUAUUUUACUCUGCUUCGUUCCCUCACUGCAUACCUUAAUAAUUCCUUUCCUGGUAAUAUGAUGAACUCUUAUUGAUUGGCAGAACUCUAUGAUUCUCCUAAGUUCUAAAAUUGUUUUGCAGUCUUUUAUGUUUAGUAUCAUGAGCCUAAGUGGACAUCAAUUCCUUGUUUCAUUAUUCAGCUAGUAGAUCCGCAGAUUCUGCCCGUCUUUUUCUUUUUCUUAAAGAAUCUAUUGUUUCUAAAAAUUCAUGAAGUCAUGGCAUCAUUUUCAUAAUAGAACCGUCUACCAGUGACCUCUUGAUUAUGAUUUGAUUUGACUGCAAAACUUCUUCCUCCUCUAUGAGGAGAUGCUGUCUGCUUCGAGCUGUAAUGUUUUGCCAUGUUGCAAAAAGCCAUAAUAAUAAAUUAAGUAUUAAAAAAAGCUUUUUUUUUUCCUUUUCAAGUUCACGUUAAUUUGGUUUGUCUAUCCACCAGAGACAGGUCUUACAACUGUGACAGCCUCUUAGCAGGUCUAUCAUUAUUUGAUAGAAUGUCUUCUAAAGUCCUCCACUCUCAUUGUGACUCAGAUGAGAAAGUUGUCCCAGGAGAGCCAGCGACACUGGCCUCAUCUCUUCACGAGUACAGUGUCUUUUUAUUGGGUGAUUAUGUUCAUGUUUCCUCACUUUUGAUUUUGUCCUCUGCAUUUUCUCUAAAUGCCCUGUGUCAUCUCUGUACCGUGCACUGCUUACCUUCUCCCAUGGCCCACGACACAGCAAGGGGAGCUCCUGAGUUGUGCAGAACGCCUGGCUACCCAAUUACAGGUUUGAAAGGGAAAAGACUUAACUUCUAACGUGCCAGGCUUUCCUUUUAACUGAAUCCAUUCCAAAGUCUGGUCUCUAAGAAGAGAAGGAGAAUUCCAUAUGACUGGUUCAUGGACCUGCAUUCCCUCCUGGGUUCUCUUCAAGCAAAGGAUGCAUUUGCACUUGGUUCAGAUCGGAAAAAGGGCCCGUCCCAGGUGCAGCUCGUCAAUGUACUUCAGUUUGUGAAAGUGAGCUUUUACCCAGCGAAAGAAGCAUUUCUGAUUUAUCUCUUCCUGUUCAGCUAAGGGAGACAAAAAACAAUCUAAUUAGCUUCUAAAGAGUAUUAAAUGUGCUUGUUCAGCAUAAAUAUCUUAACUUACAAAUAAUUUGUAGGGAUGGACCCACUCCCUCAGAAUUUGAUCUGCAGCAGGUCAAAACAGUUAUAUGAUUCUUCUAAACCUUAUUUUGAAUUUCCCAAGGACAAACUUUGUGAUAACUUGUGUUACCACACCUGUUCUUUAUAUGAAAGAUCAAAUAUGAUCCGUAUGCACCAAAAAACAAAGACAAUAACCACCUCAAUUUUAACCUAUAAUCAAUACCGUCAACAAAAAAAAAUGAUACAAACCCACGGAUUAGACUAAAGUAUAUAUUUCUGUGCAUUUCCUUUAUUCAGAAUUUCUAAAAUUGUCAAUUUCACAUUGUACAAGCUAUUUUUGAGACAUUUAUCUUCUUAAAUCUAAGUAGACAAUAGUUUUAUCUAUUUCAGCUUUGGGGAUGGUUUCAAAGAUGCCACUACUCUGCGUGGCCCGGGUGUUUCCAGUAUUGUACAUUAGAACACGUCAAAAUAAAACAGUAAAACUGGUAAAUGAAAAAGAUCGCUCGGUAUAUCAUUAUGGCUAUAUUACUGCAUCUCUGUGACCCAGAGAAACUUCUGCCUGUGGCGUAUUUCAUCUCUGGAGGUCAUGAACCUAUGACGUCAUUUUAAUGAGACUGAAUAGAACAGUCUGCCUUACCCCCUGACAACAACUUGAUGGGACUAUAAAACUUUUCCCUCCAUGAGGAAGAAUAAGUGGAUAACAAAUCCUUUCCCUAGAGCUCGGAGCUAAAAUAUUAAAAUUUGAUCAUCGGUAUUCUGAUUAUAAUUUUCAUUGUCCUUAGAUUAGCUAUUUAAUUCAUCUUCUUUGCAUUUCGAUCUGAAGGAGCACACACAGCUGGUGAGUAUUUCUGUAGCGGGUGGGGCUUGAACGUCAGGUCCUCUGCGCCUGCGCCAUGGUACUGUAGCGUUUGUUCCGGUUCGAGCAGGGAGGAAGCCGAACCACGAGCUACUCUGCCACUGGCGAGCAUUGUUUUCUGUUUUAAAACUUGGACUAUUUUUUAAUGCCAGAUCACAGAACACCAAAAAUUUAAACAAGAUAAAAGACAAAUUUUAUAGUAGCGUAAUUGAUUAGGCUUAUAUCUUGUGUCAAUUUUAAGCAACGGAAGUCUCCAAAUAGAUGACGAGUCAUUCAUUUCCAACAAAGCUGUGCAAUUUGACUUACAUGUAUGAUUCACGCCCUUAAAGAUGAGCAGUUAAGGUAGCACUCGAUUUUGUGUUUACAAAACAUGUUUUGGUAUACUUUGUGCAGUUAAUAUUAUACCUAUAAGUUGUGUGCCCAUUUAGAGAACUCAGUGACUUCUCUGUCGUGUGUAUCCAUCCAUUUCUACAUUGUUUUUGAUUUGUUCAUAAGUGCAUUCUGUUGUUUCCAACUUUAUAUAAAUCUCUGAUGUUACGGAAAACAUAAUAGAUUGACACAUAAUUUUUAAAAAUUAUAUUUGUAAAAUUUCUCUAUUGUGAAUAAAGUCUUUUAAUAUAUCUCC